UGCCCCCGCUAACAUGGCGGCGCCUGGUAGCAUAUUAGCUGCUGUGAUGGCACGGGAGCCCCUUCUCCUCCGCAUCUUGCUGCUGCUGCUCCCGGGGCUUUCUGCUGCGGAGGAGGGCUGGGACACUGCCGGAUAUCUGCUGUACUGUCCGUGCAUGGGACGGUUCGGAAAUCAAGCAGAUCAUUUCCUUGGGUCUUUAGCAUUUGCCAAGAUGAUAAAUCGAACUCUAGUGGUACCCCCGUGGAUCGUUUAUAACCAUCAUCGUCCUCCAUACUCAAAUGUCCAUGUAUCUUUUAAAGAGUAUUUUCGGCUAGCACCUUUGGGCAAGUAUCACAGAGUAAUUAGUAUGGAGGAGUUCAUGGAGAAGUUUGCUUCUAAGUACUGGCCCAUCAAUAUGCGUGUGGCAUAUUGUUUCACAGCAGCUGCCCAGAGAAGCCCUGAUAGGAAGACCUGCCCUAUGAAGGAUGGAAACCCGUUUGGUCCUUUUUGGGACCAUUUUCAUGUGGAUUUUAUUCACUCUGAGCUUUUUGACGGCAUUAAUUUCAGUGCCUAUUACAAAGACAUUUGGAUAAGCAGAUAUCCCCCCUCGCAGCACCCAGUACUUGCACUCCCAGGGGCACCUGCCCAAUUUCCAGUGUUAGAAGAGCACCGAGGCUUGCAGAAGUAUAUGGUUUGGUCUGAAAAGAUAGCUCAAGAGGGAGAGAAGCAAAUCAGAUCACUGCUUGUCAGACCCUAUGUGGGCAUUCAUCUGAGGAUCGGCUCUGAUUGGGUAAAUGCUUGUAAGAUGCUGAAGGAUGGCACAGCUGGACCUCACUUCAUGGCUUCUCCACAAUGUGUCGGGUAUGACAGACAGAAAGCACGCCGCCUCACUAUGGAGAUGUGUCUGCCAGACCUCAAACAGAUUAAACAUGCGCUGGCACAUUGGGUAAAGAAGACCAAGUCCCGAGCUGUAUACAUUGCUACGGACUCUACCUCUUACACUGCUGAGUUACAGAGAUUUUUGGGUGAAAAGGUAAAAGUGGUGAGUCUAGAGCCAGAGGUAGCUCAAAUAGAUCUGUACAUUCUCGGCCAGUCUGACCAUUUUAUUGGGAACUGCGUUUCGUCAUUUACAGCCUUUGUGAAGAGGGAACGUGAUAUACAUGGGAUGCCUUCCUCUUUCUUUGGCAUGGAUUCACUGGCUAGGAAGCAAGAUGAGCUCUGAGGGAGCAAUAGGUGACCAUUCCUGUGUCCUUUGCAGAAACCUCUGGAUCUCUGUAUUAUGACAUUCUCAACCACCUCACAAAAGACUGACCUGUGGAAUACUGUGUAUUAAGUCAAAACUGUCUUUGUAAGUCUGCUCCAAAAAUCCUCGGUCCAGUCUAAGAAGCUGGUUCUGAUGAACGUUCUUUAGAACAGUUUGUUAUUCUGUUACCAGACAGAGUGUACAUAUAACUGGUAAGGCACUUACUCAGCAGGACAUAAUAAUGUCUAAUGGCACAUAAUAAAAAGUAGCUGUUCUUCUUAAAAUGUUAAUUAUUUUGUACAAAUUUCUAUAAUAAACUUUUUCAAAAUCUGAA